UUCGCUCAGUCCACUUCGCACAGCCGACACGAUGGGCGCGGACAAGCCUAACGGGGUCGUCAACUACUGCAGGCGACCUCCACAUAGACCCUUCUUCAAGAGGAUACAGUACGCUAUAUGGAAUCCGGAAGAGAGAACGUUCCUCGGAAGAACUGGCAAGCGAUGGGGUGUGAUCGGUCUGAUAUACCUAGUGAUGUACAUCUGCAUCAUCAUCUUCUUCUCUAUAUGCAUGUGUGGUCUGCUCUCUGCGAUGGACGAGAGGGUACCUUACUUUACCUUAGCUGAAUCUAUUAUCGGAGAUAAUCCAGGCAUGGGACACAGACCUAUUAUAUAUGAAGAAGGAGCCCUCAUAUGGUAUGACGCGGACAACGCAACCCAGAUAAAGAAAUACGUUGACAACAUCAAUGAGUUCUUAGCGCCCUACGAAAAUAGUUCUCUCCUUAUAAACAAGGGUGUCAACCAGCGGGAAUGUGGCGACACCAAGCCUCCGCGCAACGAGGUGUGCUCAUUCGACAUAAAUCUCUUGGGGCCCUGCUCUAAGGAAAACCACUUUGGGUUCAAAAAUAAGACACCGUGCAUCAUUAUAAAACUAAACAGGAUAUUUGAUUGGAAUCCAAAUUUCUUCGACGAUCCCGAGAACCUGCCACCUGAGAUGCCACCUGAUAUAAAGAACUACAUCAAUUCAACAACAAGACCUCAGGAACGUCGUAAAGUGUGGGUGUCUUGUAUGGGCGAGAGGCCAGCAGACAUUGAUGCCCUAGGUCCUCUGAUGUAUUGGCCUUACCCCGGGCUGCCUGAAGUGUAUUUCCCUUUCGACAACACCCCAGGGUAUCUCAGUCCUCUGGUUGCCGUGCAAUUGCUUAAACCAACAUUGCACCAGAUCAUCAACAUCCGAUGCAGAGCGUGGGCACAGAACAUCAGGUUCACGCAGAGCCUUAAGGAGCGUCUUGGGUCCACUCACUUUGAGAUUAUGAUCGACUAAACUUACAUAUCAAAAUAUAUUAUAGCUUUCAAUAAGACUUGUACGAAUAACGUUAACGUUAAAAUUAUACGGUGA